AUGCUCAACGCUGUGAGCCCCACUGCACCUACUCGGGAAACGGCAACAGCAGAGGUUGGUAGACGCCCCAGCCCCCGUCCCUUCAGGCAUCUCACUACUGCACGUCACCGAUCGCACCUCCGGCACGAAAUUCCUAGUCGACACAGGUUCAUCGACCCUCCUCCUGUCGUGAACCCUGCUGCCGUCAUAGAACCUGCUCCUGUUAUAGAACCUGCUCAUGUCAUGGACCCUCCUCCUGACGUCGCCCCUGACCCAUUCAACCCAGCCAGUGGCCCUGAGGAAGCUGCCCCAGCCGCUAUAGAAGCACAACAACAAUUGCCUGUACAACCUCCUCUAAUCCAAAACCCUCUUUCUCCCCCUGAUUCCCCCACAGGUUCUGUGUCAUUAGAUGGAGUUGUCACCCGCAGCGGCCGAGUGGUACGUACACCUACCCGGUCCAGCCAGGAGGACCUUGGGUCCAGCCAGGAAGACCUCGGGUCCAGCCAGGAAGACCUCGGGUCCAGCCAGGAGGACCUCGGGUCCAGCCAGGAAGACCUCGGGUCCAGCCAGGAGGACCUCGGGUCCAGCCAGGAGGACCUCGGGUCCAGCCAGGAGGACCUCGGGUCCAGCCAGGAGGACCUCGGGUCCAGCCAGGAGGACCUCGGGUCCAGCCAGGAGGACCUCAGGGGAGAGGCUGUGUUAUAA